AUGCCCGGCGGGGCCGAGCUGGCGGCCGCGAUGCGCGGCGUGGAGGCCCCCGUCUGCCUCUCGAGCCUCACGCCGAUGGAGGUGUUCCCGAGGAGCCACUCAUCGCCGCCACCUCGGACGAGGAACUGCCGCAACAAGAUCGUGGCGUCGCGGGCGCACCCCGCUGGCACGCCCGACUGGGACGCGAGGUCCGUGGCCAGCCGAGAGGAGGGCCGGGAGCUGCGCCUGAUGCUGCGGCAGGACGUGCGCGACUCCCUGCAGCAGGCGAUCGACCCCCUCGAGAGGGAGCUGAAGCUGCUGCGCCAGGACGUGCAGCAGUGGCACGCUCGGGCGCUCGCGGCCCAGGAACGCGCCGCCGCGGGGCACGGCGGGGGAGGCGCCCAGGACACGCCCUGCGCCUGCGCUGCGGAUCCGGACUCCCACAUGCUCGCCGCCACGGCGCAUCCUCAAAAGUCGCUGAAGUCGCGCGGCUCGCUGGUCGAGUCCGAGCAGGAAAAGGCGUCGGGGCUGUCAUCGCAGGGCGCCGCAGCGAUCACCCAGGAGGCGCCCGACGCCGAGAGAGACAUCGGCGAGAGCAGCUUCGCCGAGAGCAGCCUCGUCGCCGAGAGCAGCCUUGUCAAGUGGGAGUACGAGAGGUACGACUUGGAUAACGGGGGUCCCCGCUGGGUGCGGUACUCUCCUGGUCAGGCGAUGCGGAUCGAGAAAGCGUGGCAGGGGGGCGCCUCGCGCGUGAGGCUGCGCAGCUCAGGGGAUACCAAGUCGCCAGUGGAGAUUUUCCUUGUCGACAUGCUGCAGCUCGACCCAGUGUCUGGGCGCACGAGGAAAGUGCGCCGCGAGGGCCAGGUGUCGUGGUGGGCUGGGCUGAGGCGAACCAUUCAUGCAAUCCGCAAACAGAUGCAGACAGGAGAGCCGCGCUUUGAGACGAUGGAGAACUACAAGCUGCGCCAAGAGGCGGUUGUGGGCGCCAGUGUGCAAACGAUGAGGCACCGGAUCAAGCGCAUGGACACAGUGGCCUUCAUGCAGAGAGCCAAGUCCAUCCAGGACAACCCUUUCGCAUAUUACACCCUCAAGAUGGUGUCGAGUGAGCCGUUUGCCGUGAUAUCGAUGAUCAUCACCCUAUGGCAGGCUGUUUGGAUCGCCAUCGACGUGGACAAAAACGAGGGCGUGCAGCUGUUCGAUAAGCCUUUCUGGGACAUCUUCGUGGAGUAUCUCUUCUUCACCUAUCCGGAGCCUGAUCUUGCGAUGGAUCGUUUCAGCCUCUCUGACGGACUGCUUAAAUAG